AUGGGCCAGCACUGCUGCGGCAGCAGGCCCAAACAGGACUGGCCAGUCUGCGAGAGCAGGUCACCACCACCUCAGGCAUACCGCAAGAGCCGCGCCGAGCUUGAAGACGAUAUCGACUCUACCGUCUCAUCGCCGGUCGCAGCAGCCAAGGGCAUUACAAGGUUCGGCUCAGAGGUUUCAGCAGAUGGUUCAGCUUGUACUGCGGCCUGUUCUUCCUUGAGCGGCUCCGCCGUUGGCUUCGGUAUUGCUGGGCAGCUGCUGGCUGAGUCAAGGCUUCGUCGUGCGGAGGAGUGCACCUCACCUACCAAAGAUGUGCCGCUCACGGAAGAAGGCUACAGACACCUUGCGAAUAUUCGGGACAAGGAGGCCAUGACGAGCUUCGCCCAGCGCCUCGUCGAAGCCAAAGGUGGGCGUGUGGAUGGCCACGGCGCUCAGGAGGAGCUGGAAGGCAUAGCAGCCUGGCACAGCAGCGGACGCCCCCUUGCCAGCUUCGACCUCCUGGAAGACGAGUUGGAGAGGGCAGCUUGGGCUGGAAUUCCCCCGAAGCCGGUGCAGUCCCAGGACAUCGAUGCCAUGUGCAGUUCACAGCAUGCGGGUCAAUUGCUGUAA